GAUGGGCUUGAAAACCCAACCCAAGCCCAUAUAAGACCCGAAUCGAGGACACUUAUUUAAGAGACCUCUGAUUUUACGAAGCACCGGGAAAAAGAAAAAUCUCGAGAGACGAAAAACCAAUGGCGCCUUCUUCCUCAAGCGGCCUCACCUUCAAGCUCCACCCCUUAGUGAUGCUUAACAUCUCCGAUCACUUCACUAGGGUCAAGACUCAGCUCAACCCUCCAUCCUCCUCCUGCGCCCCCGGUAAUAUCCCCGCCGCUGUCGGCGCGACGUUUCCGCAGAACUUUAGGGUUUACGGCUGCGUGAUCGGUGCACAGAGAGGCCGAACGGUUGAGAUCUUCAAUAGCUUCGAGCUCGUGUUCGAUCCCACCACCGAUUCACUCGAUGGAGCCUUCCUCGAGAAGAAGCAAGAGCUCUAUCAGAAGGUGUUCCCUGGAUUCUACGUAUUGGGAUGGUACUCUACGGGAAGCGAGGCUAAUGAAUCUGAUAUGCAUAUCCACAAAGCUCUGAUGGACAUUAAUGAAUCUCCGGUUUAUGUUCUUCUGAAUCCGGCUAUCAAUCACGCACAAAAGGAUCUCCCUGUGACUAUCUAUGAAAGUGAGUUCCAUGUCAUUGAUGGGAUUCCGCAGUCUAUUUUCGUGGAUGCAAGCUACACUAUUGAGACCGUGGAAGCUGAAAGAAUAUCGGUGGAUCAUGUUGCACAUCUUAAGCCAUCCGAUGGAGGCUCAGCAGCGACCCAGUUGGCUGCUCAUCUUACUGGCAUACACAGUGCAAUCAAGAUGCUCAAUAGCAGAAUCAGAGUGCUCUUUCAGUAUCUUGUAGCUAUGCAGAAAGGUGAUAUUCCCUGCGACGACUCACUUCUGAGGCAAGCAGCUAGUCUGCUCAGAAGUUUGCCUGCUGCACACUCAGAAAAGUUUAAUGAUAAUUUCCUGAUGGAGUACAACGACAAAUUGCUGAUGUCUUACCUAGCAAUAAUCACAAACUGUACCAGAGGGGACUGCUUCCUAUUACAAAAAAGAACUCAUAUCUAUUGCUUAACUUCUAUACUCCUUUCUUCACCUUCUUUUAAACCAUUCCUCCAUUGCUUUCUCAUAUUUACCUCCAUUCUUCCUUCUCAAAGAAGUAAUUCUGUUUCUGACCUGCUUGUCCAACUUUAUCAUAAGACUAGAAGUUGGCAGAGCUUUAUCCUCCACACGCCUAGUGUUCCUCUCCAUCCAAAUCGCAUGAAGAACAGAUUGGAAACAAUACCUCCAUAAGAACGUCACUACCCUUUCAUGUAAACCAUUGAUCAGUAUCUGCAUAACCUGCAACCAUUGACACACUCCACUGCCUGUUAAACCUCUAGUUAACCCCAACCAGACUUCCUUUGAAUAUUCACACUCGAAAAAAAGAUGAUCUCUAGUCUCCAAAUGUGUUUUACAUAACCAGCAAACAGACACUGCUUGAGGAUUCCACUUAAGUAUCCUAUCACCAGUAGCCAGCCUGUUAUGAAUGACAAUCCAUGCCAUAAAGGAGAAUUUUGGUGUGGCUUCAGGAAACCAAAUACCUUUAGACCAGGGAACCUUCUGCUUCUUCUCUCGUAACAAGUUCCAAGUUUGGGAAGUAGAAAACUCCGAUGCGUAGUCACCACUCUCUCUUUUCCACAAACAAACAUCAUCCAGCUGAUUAAGACUUCUCUCCUGCAGAGCCAUAAUCUCUUGUUCUAUCUGCUGUAAAAUAGGAACUCUACGCCUUCUUCUCCUAUAAGUUUGAAU